CGCUGGAAAGUAGUCCUGCUUCGUUGUCUGCUUGUGUUGCAUCAGCAUGGAGCGCUAGCGAGAAGGAGCAAAACAGAAUGCAUUCCAGGCGAAGAAGUUGCGCGGAACGGAUGGACAUGCGUUGUUAGACGGUGCAGAGCCAUCGCAGUGUGAUAAUUUCUCGAUGCCGGUACAUGUCAGUGCGUGAAAAUUGGAAUUUGUGAACAUGGUGACGUCUCAAGCUUUCAUCAUCACCGUCCCAGCCCAGGCUGCUGGCGGUGACAGCGGGAUCCAGCAAUCACCAGCAAUGAUUGAACCCACGGUCUCCAACAGGAAGAGGCGGCUGGCGCACCUCACCUUGGAGGAGAAGCAGUACAGGAAGAAAUUAAAAAAUCGUGUUGCUGCACAAACAUCAAGAGAUCGUAAAAAGCAACGGAUGGAUGAAUUGGAAUCAUCCAUUGUACUAAUGUCUCAGGAGCUUGAAGCCAUGACUAAACAGAAUGCAACAUUGGCCACUGAAAACGCCUUACUAAAACAACAACUACACGAUGCCCAGAUGACCACUACAGCACUGCUUGAGACUUUACAAUCAGAGAAGUGCUCAUGUGGCAAGAGUCCUAAAGGCAAUGCCCAGGCAACGCCUGCUGAACUCCCGUCCGUUUCGUCACGACCUGCUGAGUCGACUAGACACCCUCUGCUGAAGGGAUUGGACGGGAAGCAAGUAGACAGCCUGAGCGUCUUGAGGAUCUUGUUGAUGACAUUCCUUCUCUCCCGGAGCUCCUUGCAGACCUGGGAUCUAGUGAAGAUCUCCCAGACCUUGGAGACUUGGAGCGAUUUGCGGAAAGCCUCCUCCAAGAAGCCUUUGCCAGUGAAGAGAAUAUCUCAAGCGUGGAACCAGUGGUGGGGAAGGCAUCAGAAAUCAUGGAACCCUGUCGAAGAAGUGCCAGCGUAACUGAACGCAUGGAAGUUGAGAUGCUUCCUGUAGAGACCCCUUCGCGCAGUGUUCAACGGCCACUUCGGAAAAAGACCCAAAUUCGUCAGUCAAAACAAACCAUGAAGAAAAGCCCUCUUCAAGCACAGCCAACAAUUUUACCAGCC